AGGAAGUGCACUCUGCAAAGCUAACUUGCACAUUCACUGUCCGCCUUACAGCAUCUUCGGGGUCGCCGUGUGCCAGGCACAUCAACUCUUUUCAGUAAAAUGGAUACAAAAGCAGAUGUGAAGUCCCUCAUGGCAAAGUUUAACACAGGAGGCAACCCCACAGAAGAGGUCUCUGUCAGCCACCGCCCCUUCAAAGUCCCUGGGCAAAACUCACCUUCAGGAGUACAAGCAAGAAAGAAUCUCUUUGACAACCAAGGAAGUGCCAGCCCUCCUGCGGGACCUAGCAACGUACCCAGGUUUGGGUCCCCAAAGCCACCUUUGGCGGUGAAACCUACAUCUGAGGAAAAGCCUGACAAGGAGCCCAAGCCCCCAUUUCUAAAGCCGACGGGAGUGGGCCAAAGAUUUGGACCGCCGGCAAACUCGGCCACCAGAGACCCUGAGGUGAAAGUGGGAUUUCCGAAACCUCUAGGCCCCAAGGCCGUCACCGUGCCCAAGGAAGAUGCCAAACCUGUGUUUCCCCGGCCCCCUGGGAAUAAGCCUUCGCCUCACAGUGUAAACCAAGACCAUGACCUAAAGCCACCCGGCCCCAAGCCAGGGUCUCAUCCUCCAGCCCCGGAAGCUGAGCAGAAGCAAGCAUUCCCCAAGCUGGCUGGGGUUAAAGGCAAGUUUGUGUCGGCCGUGCAGGACCAUGAGCACAAGCCCCUCUUUCCCAAGCCCGUCUUUGGCCAGAAGCCAUCCCUGAGUCCUGAUGACACCCAUGAAGACGAGAGCCCCACCAAGAAUGCAUCUCUACAGAAAGGACCCCCAGGUCCCUUAGGAACCAAGGCCAAAACCAGCCCUUUAAAACCAGCAAGAGAAGACCAGGAAACUAAAGACCACGGAGGCGAGAUGUCCAGUUCGCCCUUUUCUGGGGUGGUUCUGAAACCUGCUGUGAACAGAGGAAGCCCAGGCCUCUCCAGAAAUGCUGAAGAGAAAAGAGAAGACAGGAAGAUAGAGGCUGCUAAGAACAUCUUCCUGAACAAAAUGAAUCAGGAAGAGCCAGCCUCUGGGGCUCCUCCUGCCAAGUUCCCUAAGAUGCCUUCUAAAGUGACAGUGACAGGGCCCUGGAGCCAAAGUCAAGACAAGGAAAAGGGAGACAAGAAUGUAGCCACCCCCAAGCAGAAGCCCCUGCCUCCCUUGUUUACCUUGGGCCCACCGCCACCAAAACCCAGCAGACCCCCGCACGUUGACCUGACGAAAUUCCGAAAAGCCGCUUCUGGAAACAGUACCAGCAAAGGCCAAAUGUCUUACUCAACUACUUCCCUGCCACCACCUCCACCACCCCAUCCAGCCAACCAACUGCCAUUGCCAGCAUGUCACCCAACACAACCGCCAGUCCCAAGUCUACCUCCCAGAAACAUUAAACCUCCCUUAGAUCUAAAAAGCCCUGUAAAUGAAGAAAGUCAAGAUGGUAUGAUGCUCUCUGAUGGUCCUGGAAAUCCAGAUGAGGAACAAGACAGUGAAGGAGAAACAUAUGAAGACAUAGAAGCAUCCAAAGAAAGAGAGAAAAAAAAGGAAAAGGAGGAAAAGAAGAGAUUAGAGUUGGAGAAAAAGGAACAAAAAGAGCGAGAAAAGAAAGAACAAGAAAUAAAGAAGAAAUUUAAACUAACAGGCCCUAUUCAAGUCAUCCAUCAGGCAAAAGCUUGCUGUGAUGUCAAAGGAGGAAAGAAUGAACUGAGCUUCAAGCAAGGAGAGCAAAUUGAAAUAAUCCGCAUCACAGACAACCCUGAAGGAAAAUGGCUGGGCAGAACGGCAAGGGGGUCAUAUGGCUAUAUUAGAACAACUGCUGUCCAGAUUGACUAUGAUUCUCUGAAACGGACGAAAACAUCUCUCAGUGCUCUUUCAUCAAGAGCUAUUGAAGAUGACCAGGAGGUAUAUGAUGAUGUUGCAGAGCAGGAUGAUAUUAGCAGCCACAGUCAGAGUGGAAGUGGAGGGAUGUUCCCACCUCCCCCAGAUGAUGAUAUUUAUGAUGGGAUCGAAGAGGAAGAUGCUGAUGAUGGCUCCACACUACAGGUUGAAGAGAAGAGUAAUUCGUGGUCCUGGGGUAUUUUGAAGAUGCUAAAGGGAAAAGAUGACAAAAAGAAAAGUAUACGAGAGAAACCUAAAGUCCCUGAGUCAGACAAUAAUGAAGGUUCAUCUUUCCCUUCUCCUCCUAAACAAUCAGACAUGGGAGAUGAAGUUUAUGAUGAUGUGGAUGCCUCUGAUUUCCCUGCUCCACCAGCAGAGCUGAGUCAAGGAGCCAAGGCUAAGACAGAAGAAAAAGAUCCCAGGAAGCUAAAAAAGCAGGAAAAAGAAGAGAAAGACUUCAGGAAAAAGUUUAAAUAUGAUGGUGAGAUUAGAGUCCUGUAUUCGACCAAAGUUGCACCCUCCUUAACUUCUAAAAGGUGGGGCACCAGAGAUCUGCAGGUGAAGCCUGGUGAAUCUCUUGAAGUUAUACAAAGCACUGAUGAUACAAAAGUUCUUUGCAGAAAUGAAGAAGGAAAAUAUGGUUAUGUCCUUCGGAGUUACUUGGUAGACAAUGAUGGAGAGAUCUAUGAUGAUAUUGCUGAUGGUUGCAUCUAUGACAAUGACUAGGUCUCGGCCUUGUUCAUUCUGUUAUGUGCAUCUGAUGCCAAAAUGAAGUCUGAGUUUUAAUAGACAUGUGAUUGGAUAUCUUAGAAAAUGAAUGCACACAACUACUUGUUACCAUUUGUUAUACAAUUCUGAUUAUCCUUAUGAAGUUUUGAAACUUUGGACUUAGAAAGAGAUUGUAACAUCUUGGAAGACUGCAUCGAAGAGAUGUAAGAAUUACUAGAUAUUCCAUUUCUGCCUCAGCUGCAGUUAUGAAGGCGCUUCUUUUAGACCAUCAGUAGACAGCCUCCCAUCCCUAAAAAGAAAAAAAAAUUGAGAAGAAAUGACUGUGUCGUCUAAAGAAAUAUGAGGAGGAAGAAUAAAGAAAUAAAAGGAAGAAAAUAUUAAAACAUUCCACAAGAAGGAAAAUUAUUUUCUGAACCUCUAAUUAUGAUUGUAUCUUAUAUUCUUUAUUCAAAUUAUCUAUCUUUAAAGGGGCACAACUGUCUCCUUUCUUGCUGGUGGGAUCAAUGUUUUAAAAAUUACAGUGGUAGCCAAAUUUGUGUAUAAAGAUUGUCCCUGUUUGUUAAUUGGGAAUAUAUGUUAAUUAUUUGAUAAGAAUGUAUGUAUUUGGUGUGCACACUUAAGAUUGAAACUGUAGAAGAGUCAAAAAUCAGUUUUCUUUUUGCAGAUUCAUCCACUAACAGUUUAAUCAUGUGCUCUGUUUAAAGUACUGUUGGAACUAGAGUAGAUAGGAAUGAGGAUUACCCUAAAAUUAUGAAGAAUGGAAGAUGGACUUUGAAAUUAAUUAGGCUUUUAUGGCACCUCUUUACUAUGAAGACUCUUUUGAAGGUUUUUGCUCUUCAUUUACCUCUGUGGAACUUUUUUUUAACCACUUUACUGGAAAGUUGGCCUAGUGUUUGGACUAGAAUAUUCCCUACUCAUACAUACUCUUUCCCAAAGCAACUCCAAACAAAAUGUGAAGCAUUUGGAUUCCAAGUGCUAAGAACACUAAAGACCAUGAUACAAAAUGCAAAACCCUAACACCCAAGAAAAUGGCAUGUUAGGUAAUUUUUUCACAACUUCAAGAAUAGUCAAAUCCUAAAACUGGCUCUACUACUGAUGAACCAUGAUGUGAUACUGGGUAACUUCCCAGUUUCCUCAUCUGCAAAUUACAGGAUUAGACAAAAUCAGUUUUUCCCAACAUUUUUAUGACCCGUUACCUCAAACUUCUAUAAUCCUUCCCCCAACCCCAAAUCCCAUAUUUCAGAAACCUUUGUGUAUCUUUAAAACUCAUUGAUUAAAUAAUGAUUAAUGCAUUUUCCAUUUUUUAAUAUUGCAAAGGCCCAUUGGAGCUUCUGAAGAGUAGCCCCACUGAAUUGAAAUCAUUUCAAAUCAUUGUAACUUCAGCCUUCAUAUGGGUAAAGUGUGAUUUCCAUUUGGUGUGUUAAAAUUUGAAAACAGAUCGUCAAAAAAAAAAAAGAAAGAAAGAAAAGAGACCAUCAACCUCUAUUGCUCAAUUUAUAGAGUCUGGAAGUCUAAGCCCCCACAUUAGAAACCAAUGAUGUCAAAGUCCCCCUCCAAUUAUGAAAUACUUCGAUGUCUACUUUUUGAUAGGCUAAGCCAAUAAAUGCUCAGAUGAUGAAAUUAUUUUAAUAGAUAAAUUACAUGGUUCAAAAGUAUUUUUGGUUUUGUUAAAUUUGGUAGCAAAUAUACAUAAUACACUGACAGUAUAUCUCCAGUUAUUAUUUUCUGAUUGAGAAUAACAUAAAUUCAAUCCACUAUCAGUUUUUAAAAUUCCAAAUUAAACCAAGAGAAUAUUUUAGAGUUUUGGGCUAUACACCAAGAAACAGACACACACAUGCCUAUAAAAGAUUUAUAUAAUAGAUAAUCAUCUUAAUAUAAAAGACAUAUUUGACAUAUUAAUUUUAAUAUACUAAAUAUUAUUUCUGUUAUACUUUUAUGUAUGGAAUUUUGUCACAUGAGAAGAGCUACAAAUAAAUAAUACCUUC